CUUUCCGUGCCGAUACUGAAGAUAAGCCAUGUAAACCGCACGUAUAAUCUGGUCAUCCUUCUUGCGGUCGAGAUUGAUCCGUCUUUGGAGGACGCGUUACUGGUGUCAGACCGUUAUGGGCGACUUGGUGCAGAAAUAGAUCUAAAAAUCGAAGUAUUCUCUGAAUCCGACAAUCCAGAACCAAUUCACAAGUUCAAACUAUGGUGGCGAAUAUGCUGA